AAUCAAGUAUUGUGUUGAAAAGGAAAGCGAAGAAAAAUUUCAUGCAGUCCACUCCUUCUCCCAUACGCUGUCGUAUCCUUCCUCUUCUCUCUCUCUUUCUCUCUCUUCUUUCUCUCUCCUCCGGUGCCACCAAUGGAGGAUCUCUGGAAGCGCGCCAAGACCUUCGCCGAAGAGGCGGCGAAGAAAUCCCAAUCCCUCACUCCGUCCUCCUCUCGCAUCGCCGAUCUCGUCUCCGAAACGGCCAAGAAAUCCAAAGAGCUCGCCGCCGAGGCCUCCAAGAAGGCCGACAUCCUCAAGACCGCCGCCCUCCGCCAGGCCGACCAGAUCAAGUCCUUCUCCGACACCAUCGCCUCCGCCGCCACCGCUCCGCCUCCCGCCGCCGCGCCGCUGGAUUUCGAGAAGUUCGGCGUCACCGACGACCUCAGAUCCUUCGUCAAGGGCCUCACUUCCACCACGUUCCAGAACUUUCCCCUCACUUCCGAUGAACCUGAGGGCUCUGAUGUCUCCACUGUGGGAUCCAAUGUGAGGAAGGAUCUCAAUGAGUUUCAGGAGAAGCACGCCACUCUCGUUUUAACUACUGUUAAGGAAAUUUCAAGAUUGAGAUAUGAACUAUGUCCACGUGCUAUGAAAGAAAGACACUUUUGGAAGAUAUAUUUCACACUUGUCAACACUCAUGUGGCUCCGUAAGUGCUGUAUCAUGCUAAU